GAUGCUCAAAGUCACGAGGAAGAAACAAGUGGAAGCGAGGGGAGUGAGCGAGCAGCAAGGAGCACCACAGGCAAGAAUCAAGAAGAAUGUCAGCGAGUGUAGAGAGUAAACUCCAGCUGGUCCGAGACCACAUCCGACCUUAUCAGGACUUUCCGAAGAAAGGCAUCGUGUUCAGAGAUAUCUGUCCCAUCCUGAAGGAUCCAGCUGCUCUGACAGCAGUCAUUGACCUGUUUGAAGAAGAGGUGAGGAGGAAUUACCAGACUGUUGAUCUGAUAGUAGGUUUAGAUGCUCGUGGUUUUCUGUUCGGGCCUCUGCUUGCCCAGCGGCUCGGUGUUGGCUUUGUCCUGGUCAGAAAGAAAGGGAAGCUCCCUGGAACGACUGUGUCUGUGGCGUAUGAUUUAGAGUACGGGAAGGCGGAGGCAGAGAUACAGGAUGAUGCGGUGGCUCCAGGACAGAAGGUUCUGCUCAUUGACGACCUCCUGGCUACUGGUGGUACGUUGUUUGCUGCCUGUGAGCUGAUGAAGAAGCAGCAAGCGGAGAUUUUGGGCUGCAUGGUGGUGAUUGAGCUCAAAGAGCUGAACGGCAAAGACAAACUAAAACCUCAAAGUCUUUUCUCCCUGGUUCAGUACUGAGGACCACUAACAGAUGCCACACUUGUUGGUGCUAACUAAUGUUUGACUGUUUUUCCAUCACCACACCACCUAUAUUUCCACAUUUUCCACUUACAUACACACAAUCAUUUGAGGUCAUUUUGACAUGUUUUGUGCUUCAGGUUGUAAAUCUGUUAAAGCUCUAGUAGCAAGGGAAGGAGCAUUACCUAGCAAACAGUGGGCAUAUGAGAGCUUUCCUCACAGCAGACCCUCCCCAUUAGUCUGUCGCUGAAUAUAAAUCAGGUGUUGUCACACUCAUGGAUGAAUAAAACUUUCUUUAUGAACAUGUAGGGUAGAAUACACAGCUGCAAGGCCCAAGAUGAACUUUCCUUCAACUCCUUUGAUAUUCCUGGUUUAGGAUCACAGAACAAAUGAUUCCAAAGAGGCUGUAAGUAAGCAUGUUAGCAGUAAGGUGACAUUAAACUCACUCCACUUGCAUUCUUUCAAUAGAAACUUAACGGGGUGGUGCACACGGUCCACAAAUCAGCGCUGAUUUAGUCCUGCUGUUUAAAAGCUUUUAAAAUGGACUCCCUGCUAAGACAUUUGGCUGUAACCGAAUGAGACGACUUCUCCACAAGAGGGCACACAAAGAGUGGAAGUGUGUCAGAGGCAGGUUUUUUUAUUUUAGAGGUUCAGAAACAAAACAAAUCCUUAAAGUCUUUAAAUGUCUUAAUUAUUUUUAAACAUUUUUCUUUCUUUUUUGAUUUUCAUUACAAGUAAUGCAUGCUUGCUUCAGUCCUUGAAUUCAUUUUUAUGGAUAUGAAUUAUCUUUAAACAGAAACAUUUGAUUGCAGACUGAAAAACCAAACGUUAUCUUGUUGAUCAGUUUUUUUAUUUGAUGUCAUCACUCUUUUUGCUGUGAUAUCAGUGUCUUGAGGAAUGUGUGCCUGGAGCUUGAGAAUAAUCAAUGCAGUUAUCCAUAUGAUGCUAAAGCUAACUAACGUCUAACAAGAUCUAGCUAUUAUUCUAACUGAACACAAAUAAUAUAUUGAAUAAAAUGUUUAACUGCA